UUUUUAUCCAAACAAAGCAAUGUUGUAAUUAAUUUUUUUAUUUUUAUUUUGUAAUUGCUGAUUGGAUUAAAAAUUAAAACAUAUACGACACGUAAUAAUUGUUAUGAUGGAUUAUAUAAAGAUAAUAAGUAUAAACAAUUUGCAUUCGGUACUUUCCUAUAUCUUUGUGGUUAGGUUUAAUCAGUUAAACUUACGUUGAUAAAAACUUAUCAAGUGGCGAGAUAACUUAUUAUCGGUAUUUGAAAAUUAUAUUGAAUUAUUAUUUUGUGAUCCAGUUGGUAACAUAUAAUAGUCAGAAUGCUGUUGAAAUUAUCAUUCGGUACUGUGAAGUGUGCCCAAAGGUUGGUGACACCUGCUGUUGGAAAAGUGAGGUGGAUUUCCAGUGAAAUGGACAGAGGAUCAAACUUCUUUUUUAGACAGCUUUUUGAUACUGUGAGCAGUACAUACACAUACUUACUGGGUGAUACUAAGAGUGGUGAAGCGGUGCUGAUCGACCCUGUUCUAGAACACGCUGAGAGAGAUGCGGCCUUGAUAAAGGAACUUGGCUUCAAGCUCAUUUAUGCAAUGAACACCCACAUGCACGCCGACCAUAUAACGGGCACUGGUAAACUGAAGAGUCUUCUGCCGGGCUCCAAGAGUGUUAUCAGCAAAUCUUCAGGAGCUCAAGCGGACUUGCACCUAUUUGACGGCGAUCUGGUCAACUUCGGAGCGUACCAACUGCUGGCCACGGCUACCCCUGGCCACACCAACGGUUGCUUAACCUACAUCGCUCAUGGACAGGGCAUCGCGUUCACAGGGGACACGCUCCUAAUCAGAGGUUGCGGUCGGACCGAUUUCCAAGAGGGUUCAUCGGAGACCCUCUACAAAUCGGUGCACAGUAAAAUAUUCACUUUACCCGAGACCUACACCCUUUACCCGGCACACGACUACAAGGGGCAAACGGCCACCACUGUGGGUGAAGAAAAGAAAUACAACCCCAGAUUGACGAAGUCCCUCAAGGAGUUCGUUGAUAUAAUGGAAAAUUUGAAUUUGCCCUACCCUAAAAUGAUAGAUAAAGCAGUUCCAGCAAACAGAGUAUGUGGACUGUAUUAAAGUGUUUUCAAUAAUAAAUGUAUGCAUAUCCAGUUAAUUAUAUAAUAUACAAAAUUAUGUGCUUUAACAUAAAAAAUAAUAUUAUUGAUAAGCUUGUGAUUAGAUAUAAGAUAUUAAAAAUGUUAAUCUUCAUAAAACUAUGGUUCAGACCCAUAGUAAUCAAUUUCAAUAAUUUGUAUUUAUAUUCCAGUAAGUUCCAAAGUAAAAUUAUUAUUAAAAAUAUUGAUGAGCACUCUAAGUAAAUUAUUUUUACUUGAAAUAAAUGUGUUGUUGUUAUUGAUCUCCUAUUAAAAAGUGGAUGCACAAUCAGCGACCAAAAAACGUCCUCACUCAAUGAGUGCCAAACACAACUUCUUGGCACUCAAUUCAAGUAGUUCCAUUUGCAAAUUCAACCUUAAACUCAAUCCUUAACGUUGAAUUUUCUCUUUAUUGAAUAUUGGAGUAUAUUUACAAGCCUUUCUUUACCAAUAAUUCCAAAACUGUCAAAAAAAAAAAAUUGGCCAGUUUAAAGUGAAAUUUUCUACAUGAUUGUGCGUCCUUUUAUUAUAAGAGGUCAUUGAUUGAUGUACAUGUACAAGUCUAUAAAUGUACGUAAGAUUUUUUGUGACUUUUCAUCUUAGACAACAUAUUGUAAGUAAAUAGAUUAUAAAUUUAUUUGAUUACCUUUGAAUUCAUUGUAAUUGUGACAAACAGUAUAUUUAUGUAUUUGUAAUUUUGUUUGAGCGCCCAUACAAAUGUAUGAUGAAAUAUUGUUAUAUAAAAUGAAAGAAAAGAAUUUUAGCUGUGACGUCAUAAUAGGGUAAUUGACUCGUA